ACGCCUCACGGAGGGCGCGCCCAGAGGAAGGAAGGCAGGAGAAAGGAAGCUUGCAGUCAAGAUGGAGACAGCUAAUUGCUCCGCUGCCGUCGUAGGUAACGGGGACCUGGUGUCCCAGCGGGAGCGGAGCCUGCUGCCUGAGCGGCUUCAGAGGCGAGACCAAGAGAGGCAACUGGAGGCGGAAAGGCGGAAGCAAAAGCGGCAGAACCAGGAGGUGGUGGAGGAAAAGAGCGACUUCUUCACGGCCGCCUUCGCCCGGGAGCGAGCAGCGGUGGAAGAGCUCCUGCAGGGCGGGGAGUCGGUCGAGCGGCUGGAGGAGGCGGCCGCUCGGCUCCAGGGGCUCCAGAAACUCCUCAACGACUCGGUUUUGUUCCUGGCCGCCUACGAAGUGCGGCAGGCCCAGGAGGCGCUGGCGCAGCUGCAGGCGGCCCUGGCCGACCGGCGCCAGCAGCUGCAGCCCAAGAAGCGAUUCGCUUUCAAGACCCGGAGGAAGGAUGCUGUCUCGGCCCCCAAAGCAGUAGAUGCGGCUCCCGGCGCCGCGGAGGCGGAAGGCACCCUGGCCUCCCCGCCCUCCCUGACCGAGGAGGGAGCCGUGGGCGCUAGCUGGCUCUGCGGCUUCUCCAACCUCAAGUCCCAAGUCUUGGAGAAGAGAGCGGAGGAGUUGCACCAGCGAGACGUCCUUUUGACCGAACUGAGCGAUUGCACGAUCAGACUGUACGGCAAUCCCAACACCCUGCGGCUGAGCAAGGCGCGCCGCUGCACGUUGCUCUGCGGGCCGGUGUCCACGUCGGUGUUUCUGGAUGACUGCAGUGAGUGCGUGCUGGCCGUGGCCUGCCAGCAGCUCCGGGUACACACCACGAGGGACACCCGCAUCUUCCUGCAAGUGACCUGCAGGGCCAUCGUGGAGGACUGCCACGGCAUCCGGUUCGCCCCUUACACCUGGAGCUACCCGGGGAUCGACCGAGACUUCGAGAGCUCUGGCUUAGAUCGGAGCAAAAAUAACUGGAGCGACGUUGACGACUUCAACUGGUUGGCGCGGGAUGUGGCCUCCCCCAACUGGAGUGUUCUUCCCGAAGAAGAGCGAACGAUCCAGGACGACUAAGAAGUGGUUACUCCUUUCUUCACUGACACCAAAUUCUCCCCGUGUGGGAGGACUCCCAACCCACGGGACCCCACGGGUUACUUAUCAUUGUCACAGAGUAUGUGGUUUCAGUAAUUAAGACUUAAAGUUGUGAUAGGCGAUUUGUGAUUUCCAUUAAAUUCGCGACAGGUAUAACACUUUUAUUUUUGCUACUUGGAUAACUAUUGCUAGUAUUUGCCUGUGACAGUUUGAAGCCGUAAGCGGGGAAAGAGUGUGGUUCUCUGUUUUUGUUUUUAUUGGUGGUAUUUAUAACUUACUGCAUGAUAAAGCAGGCCUUCAAUAAAUAUUUAAUAAAUGAAUGCCGCAGGGCGCUGG